GGAUGUGUCUCCACAGAUAGUUAAUUUAUUUUUCUACAGAUGCAGGACUCAAAAAAUAUUCACCAGCCGACCAAACUCCACAGAGACAGACCACAGGUAGGAGAAAGUUCUGGGAUUACUGCAGUACUGGAAUACUGCUGAUACCACAUUAUAAACGGGAGAUAUUAUCAAGAGGAGCUACGAAACAAACUGAAAGCAAAACUUUCAACUGUCUUGACUGAUCCUGUCGGGCCGAUUCCUGUCUUCCUGCUGUGUUUCGAGUUUCACUCAGAGACAAAUGUUUUCUCAGUCAGAAAAGGAUCUCUCCUGUCCAAUCUGUCAUGACAUCUUUAAAGAUCCUGUUGUCCUGUCGUGCAGCCACAGCUUCUGCAGAGACUGUCUGCAGACCUGGUGGAGAGAGAAACCUGUACAGGAGUGUCCAGUUUGUAAGGAAAUAGCUUUGAUGAGUGAUCCACCUCGUAACCUGGCAUUAAAGAACCUGUGUGAGACCUUCUUACUGAAGAGAGAUCAGAGGGCUUCAGUAAAGUCUGAGGUUCUCUGCAGUCUGCACUCUGAGAAACUCAAACUCUUCUGUCUGGACCACCAACAACCAGUGUGUGUCAUCUGCAGAGACUCUGAAACACACACCAACCACAGAUUCAGACCAGUUGGUGAAGCUGCACAGGAUUACAGAAAGACGCUCCAAAAGAGCCUGAAGCCUUUACAGGAGAAACUGAAGGUCUUUGAACGUGUUAAAGGAAACUGUGAUCAAACAGCAGAACACAUUAAAGUCCAGGGCCAACACACAGAGAGGCAGAUUAAGGAGCAGUUUAAGAAGCUUCACCAGUUUCUACAAGAGGAAGAGGAGGCCAGGAUCACUGCUCUGAGGAAGGAAGAGGAGCAGAAGAGUCAGAUGAUGAAGGAGAAGACUGAGGCUCUGAGCAGAGAGAUAGCAGCUCUUUCAGACACAAUCAGAACCACAGAGGACGAGCUGAGAGCUGAAGACGUCUCAUUCCUACAGAACUACAAGGCAGCAGUGAAAAGAGUCCAGCAGCGCCCCCUGCUGGAUGAUCCAGAGCUCAUCUCAGGAGCUCUGAUAGACGUGGCCAAACACCUGGGCAACCUGACCUUCAACAUCUGGAACAAGAUGAAGGAGAUGGUCUCCUACACUCCUGUGAUUCUGGAUCCAAACACUGCUCAUCCAGAACUUAUCCUGUCCCAAGAUCUGACCAGUGUGAGACAUGGACUGAGACAGAAACUCCCUCAAAACCCUGAGAGGUUUGGGUUUCAUUGUGUUGUCCUGGGCUCUGAGGGUUUUAACUCAGGGACUCACUGCUGGGAUGCUGAGGUUAUGGAUGAACAGUUUUGGGCUCUGGGUGUGGUACAGGAGUCUGUCCAGAGAAAGGAAAAAAUACUGACUGGAUUCUGGGAAAUUUAUCUCUCCGAUGGAAAAUACACAGCAGAGUCUCCACCACUUCCAUCUAAAGUUCUCCCGGUGAAAAACCUCAAGAAGAUCAGAGUUUGUCUGGACUUUGACAAAGGAAAACUGUCAUUUUAUGAUCUCGAUGCAAACACACACAUACACACCUUCAAACACACUUUCAGUGACAGGGUGUUUCCAUACAUUGGUACGAAUAAAAAACUUUCAAUAAAGAUAUUACCAGUGACAGUCUCUGUAACAGUGGAACAGCCGACUGUGUCAAAAGGCUUCUGGUCUGGUUUCCGGUCUUAGUUCGACAUGCUAUAUAUAGUUAUUGUCAGGU